CUCCUCUUCGUCGUUACCGAUUCCCUUGCGCCCGGCAUAGCCCGGCACCGGCACUGGAGCGAGGCUUCGCCGUCACUGAAAGGCUGUGACCGACACAGCUCAGCCAUCCACCGCCGUACCGUCAUCAACUCCCAUCUCCUGGCGAACGUCACUUCUGCAGCCAACACUUCGCCGCUGCACCCACCCGUGAGAGCGCGCCCAAGUCGAUAUCGCUGCCCACGCCAUGAGCGCACCUAAUCUGCGCCGCCUGAUGGCCGCCGUCAAGGCCAACCCCUCGAUGUCGGACGGGGACUUGACGGCACUGUGGGACGCCAUCCCUUAUGAGGUGAGGCAGCCCAGCCCUCCCAUCCACCCACAGCCAGGAAUGCGUGACGCGCAGUUCCGUGCAGCGCAUUCUGUGUGCGUCGGAUGGAUGGCUGUGGGUCGUCAUUGCACAGCUGCAUGCCAUUGGCGACGAUGCAAUCUCUUAUGGCGAUGCAUUGCUGGCAUGUCUCUCUGUGGUCUGUGUGUGCAGACGCGGCAGGCGGAGAAGCUCGAGUUGGACAAGUGGUUUAAGACACUGUCCGCCACCGCGAGUGGCGUGACUUCUUCCGCAUCCACUGCCGCAUCACCAAAGUCAAGGCCAGGCGGCUCCACGCCAGUAAGCACACUCAGCCAGCCAGCCAGCCAGUCGACAAACACGGGGCGGGAGGGAUUGAUUCUCGCAUUCUCCAAUACUCACAUGUUGUGUGUGUGUGUGUCUGUGUGUGUGGCUGCCGCUGGUGCUUCAGAGUUUGAUAAGUUGGAAACCGCCCAGGCCGAGAAGGGGUCCCGCGCCGCCAACGAGUUUCCCGGCCGGCAGGCUCCUGGUACGCUGCGGCUCGUGUUGUUUGUUGCUGCUGCCUCAUUCGAAAAUAUCCGCAGCCAACCUGCGCCGUCUGCUGGCCGCCGUGAAGGCCCGGCCCUCGAUAAGCGACGAGGAGCUGCUGACGUCGUGGCACGCCAUUCCAUCUGAGGUGAGGCAGCCCGUCCACCCACACGCAGCCAGGGAUGCAUGACGCGCAGUGCCGUGCAGUGCAUUCUCUGCAUCGGACGGAAGGACGGAUGUGCGUGUGUGAUGCGUGAUGCCACAGCUGCAUGCCAUGGCGAUGCAUUCUGGCAUGUCUCUCUGUGUCUGUGUGUGCAGACGCUGCAGGCGGAGCAUCUCGAGCUCGAGGCGCAAGCCAGCAGCCGCGAGUGGCGUGAGUACAUCGGCCUCCGCCGCCGCGUCUUCAAUGUCAAGGCCAGGCGGCUCCACGCCAGUAAGCACACCCCGCCAGCCAGUCGACACACACGGGGCGGGAGAGAUUGAUGCGGGCAUUCUCCAAUACUCACAUGUCGUGUGUGUGUCUGUGUGUGUGUCUGUGUCUGUGUGUGUGGCUGCUGCUGGUGCUUCAGAGUUUGAUAAGUUGGAAGCCGCCUCGGCCGAGAAGGCGUCCCACGCCGCCAACGAGUUCCGUGGCCUGCAGGCUCCUGGUACGCACCCACACCCACCCCAUACACACACACCCAUACCCACAGCCAGACGGCCACACAUCCCCUCCUCUCUCUGUGUUUGUUAUCCUUCCCUCAGCUGGCCCUUAUGUGCAACUGCCCCCGCCGGCCUUCGCCGCGGCCAGAUGUGCAACUGCCCCCGCAGGCCUUCGCCGCGGCCAGCCUGCCCCCUCCCCUGAUGUGGGUGCUGCCGCCGGUGGGGAACAUCGCCUUCGACGAUUUCGCCCUCCUGCCGAUGGCCGAGGUCCCCCCCAUGCUGCGGCGCGCCCACGUCGGUGCCUGCGGCAGGGCGGGUAGCCAAAC